UUUUGAAGUGUUUGUCUUUGGUCAUUUUCAACACACAUCAAUCUCGCAUAAUCGAUUUCUUCAUUUUUCAACAAAGGGGGAACGAACGAACGAACCAACCAAAAACCCUAAUUUUGCAUCUCUCCUUUCUCCAAAAUUUCACCUUUUUUUAAACUCAAAAUCCCUUUUUUCAAUUUCUCCGUCCUCAACAUGGCGUCUCGAAACUGUCGGUGGGAGCUCCUAGUCGCAGCUUCGCUAACCCUAACUUUAGCUUUGAUUCACCUGGUGGAAGCUAACUCAGAGGGAGAUGCUCUCUACGCUCUUCGCCGUAGCUUAUCCGAUCCGGACCGUGUUCUCCAGAGCUGGGAUCCAACUCUUGUUAAUCCCUGUACCUGGUUCCAUGUCACCUGUAACCAAGACAACCGCGUCACUCGUGUGGAUUUGGGUAAUUCAAACCUUUCUGGACAUCUUGCGGCCGAGCUUGGAAAGCUCGAGCAUUUGCAAUAUCUAGAGCUCUACAAGAACAACAUCCAAGGAACUAUACCUUCUGACCUUGGAAACCUGAAGAACCUCAUCAGCUUGGAUCUGUAUAACAACAAUCUUACGGGGACAGUUCCUACCUCUUUGGGAAAAUUGAAGUCUCUUGUCUUUCUACGGCUUAAUGACAACCAAUUGACCGGCCCAAUCCCGAGAGCACUCACAGCAAUCCCAAGCCUUAAAGUCGUUGAUGUCUCGAGCAAUGAUUUGUGUGGAACAAUCCCAACAAGUGGACCUUUUGCACACAUUCCUCUGCAGAAUUUUGAGAACAACCCGCGAUUGGAGGGACCUGAAUUACUCGGUCUUGCAAGCUACGACACUAACUGCACCUAAAAAACCUGGCAAAACCUGGAAAGAAGAAAUGGGGGGUGACCUUGUAAGAACACUUCACCACUUUAUCAAUUAUCACAUCUAUUAUUAUGUAAUGCAGUAUAUAUAUGUAGUAAAAAAAAUGAAGCAGUCUCAAUUGAGGCAGAGACCACCCAAAGACUCACGUCUGUGUAUGUAAAAUUUCUAAAUGCUGACUUUCGCUUACUGUAACAUUUGUAUCGGUAUGGUAUCAAGUUAUUUGUCUUGUCUUCAUCAAAA